AUGUCCGUUCCCGACACCAAGACGGUCCUCAUCACGGGCUGCUCCAAGCACGGCAUCGGCGCCUCGCUCGCCCUUCGGCUCGCCGACCAGGGCCACCGCGUCUUCGCCACGGCCCGCGACCCGCGCAGGAUGCCGUCGCGCGUGCGCGAGCACCCCAACGUGACCCCGCUGGCGCUCGACGUGACCGACGAGGCCUCGGUCCGCGCCGCGUCCAAGGCCGUCCGCGCCGCCGGUGCCCGCGCCGCCCUCGACGUGCUCGUCAACAACGCCGGCGCCGGCUGCACCAUGCCGCUGCUCGACCUCGACGUGGCCCGCGCCAAGCAGUGCCACGAUGUCAAUGUCUGGGGCCCCGUGCGCAUGGUCCAGGCCUUUUCCGACUUGCUGAUUGCGAGCCGCGGCCGGGUCGUCAACAUUGGCGCCGCCGAGGGGUGCUUGUAUUCGCCCUGGAUUGGCGCCUACAGUGCCUCUAAAUCGGCUCUCCACACCAUCUCCGAAACGCUGCGCAUGGAGCUCCAGCCGUUUGGCGUCACCGUCGCCUGCCUCGUCACGGGCACCGUCGCCACGCGCUUCCACGCCAACGAGGGCGACUUUUCCCUGCCGCCCGCGUCCCUCUACGCGGAUAUCGCAGACACGAUAUCGCUGUGGGCGCGCGGCGCCGUCGGGCCCGACCAGGGCACCGUCGACGACUACGUGACGCAAAUCCUGCCCGACGUGCUGGCCGACUCGCGCGGGGGCAAGCUGUGGCGAGGCGCGAAUGCGGGUGCGGCGUGGUUUGCGGCAACCUGGCUGCCGUAUUAUAUCUUGGAUAAGCUGGUGGUGCUAAAUCAUGGGCUGGACAAGUUGACGAGAAGCAUCUUACAAAAGAAGACUCAGGAGACUCUCGACACAUUCCACGCAGAUCUUGAUACGGAAAAGGAUGACACGCGGCCGACAAGCUGUACCGUCACCGAGGCUCUCAUCCCCGUCUCUCGGCUGGAUCAGAAGCCGGACGCUAUGGCUGCGGGCGGAAAUGUCCCCAUUCUGCAGUUCCGCAGCCGGGUUCUGCGCAAGUUCCCUUUUCGGACUUGGACAUGA